CCAGUGACAUCAGCAGCAGAAAACGAAACUGGGGAGUGGGGAGGGAUCAGCUUUCAAUCUCUCUAAUCCAUUCCUUUCUCUCCCUUCUCUGGGGCUGCACUUCCUGCUCAGCGACCACAGCACCUGAGGGCAACACAGGGAUUCUUGCAUAACAAGCGGCACUGAGACCAGAAGAACCCCAGAAGUAAGUGACUUGAUGGUUAUACCCAUGUGAUCAGUGCGAGGGAGAAGAACUUAGAAGCAAUAAUGGAAGAGUACAGAAAGUUACCAUUGGACGACUGGACUGAAGAGCAUGUCAGAGACUGGUUGUGCUCAAUAAGACUCAAGAAGGAAUACACUGACAAACUGUUUGAAGAAGAAGUGACAGGCCCAGCACUGAGGGAAAUCAAACAUGAGUUUUUAAAGACAAUUGGCAUGAAAGAAGGACAGAUACAGCUAUUAAUCAGCAAGAGAGACAAGCUUCUUCUGGAACAGAAAUCCACAGAACCUGGUUCUCCUUCACAGAACACACAGGCCAGUUCAUCCCAUCAAGAACUUAUUGCAAGAGGGAAAGCUUCAGUUCAAACUCCUACAGAUUCUUCAAGCAACUUAAAACUCACAACAACAAUUCCUACUGAUGUAGUGCAGGUGCCUUCAACUCUGGCCAGUUCAUCCAAUCAAGAACUUAUUGAAAAAGGAAAAGCUUCAGUUCAACCUCCUACAGAUUCUUCAAGCAUCUUAAAAGUCACAUCAACAAUUCCUACUGAUGUAGUGCAGGUGCCUUCAACUCUGGCCAGUUCAACCAAUCAAGAACCUAUUGAAAAGGGGAAAGCUUCAGCUCAAACUCAUACAGAUUCUUCAAGCAGCUUAGAAAUCACAACUCCUACUGAUGCAGUGCAGGUGCCUUCAUCUCUGACUAAUUCAUGCAGUAUGCCUGAGCUUCCUCUACAAUCAGAAACCCCUAAGGAGCAACACAAUAUAGACCUCUUAAGGGCCUGCAAUCCAUUAGGAAGUACAAAGGAUUUAGCAAUUUCAUUAUCCUUAAGCAGUUUCCGCCCAUUUGAUAAAGAAGUAGACAAUUUUAAAUAUGUAAAAAAUAAUGUUCUUUCACCUGAAACAGGGGCUAUAGAUUUGAUCGAACCUUGUCAUGAAUACAAGUCACUUUCCACGGCUGCCAAAUUAGACCGGCUCAGGCUCGGGACAAAAUUUGCUUAUGAGGUUCUUCGAUUUGGUUGUGCUUGUCUGAAUACAAGAACAAAUGGUACAAUACAUUUUGGAAUCGUGGACAGCAAGGAAGACAAAAGUUAUCAGCACGGUCAAAUAGUGGGAAUUCCUGUGCAUGACAAGGACUGGUUUGUGGAUGCAUUAGACUGUAUUGAGAAAGUUUUUACUCAGAAUGAUGCUGCUAGGGACUGUAUUCGGCCACCAAAAUUCAUUGAAGUCAUUGAGAGGGAUUGUGAGGAGCAAAGAUUUGUUAUUGAAGUAGACAUCGUUCCUGACUUCAAUUUGGUAAAAGGAAAGGCCUUUCAAGUGGGGUUGCCAAAGUUUAAUGGGAAGAGCAAUAAAGUUUUACUUGAAAAGAAAGCUAUGUAUCGACGGGUGGGAGCCAAAUCCGAGCCAGUCUUAGAGGAUGAUAUGGUUCAGUUUAUACAAGGCCUUCAGGAUGUAGAUCUCAAGCGGCAAAGAGCAGAAUCUAAAAGAAACUGUGAUAUCAUGCCUCCAGAGAAUUUAGGGAGGAAGAUAUCGGUUCUGCUCACAAAUGGGAAACAGUAUUUAGAUGACUCUCUCCGAUAUAUACUUGUCACAAAUGAGUGUGAAGAGAACAAUCUCAAACAUAUAAACUUUUUAAUGCGUAUGAGAAUAUUAUGUGUCUUUGAUUUUGACCCAGAUUCUGAUAGCAGGGGUCUAUGUUCUACUUACAAAAAACACCAUGCUACAAACAUCCAUUCCUUAAAGAGCUUUUCCACUGAAAGUGGGCUGAGCACAAAAGAACUGAAAAAGAAUCUCUCCAUGGUUAAUCAGACUACCUGGAUAUUCUGCAAUGGGCGUAGCAAUUAUCGGGGAGGAGAUGAAACCUGUGAUGAAAACACCUGGAUCAGAACAAAGAGGAAAUAUCUGAAGAAAGUGAUUUCUUUAUUCUGUGAUGAAAUCCUACCAAAAGGCUACUUCACUGUGAUCUUCCUGCUGCUAUCCCGCGUGGAAAAGCCAAUUGUAGAAACAUUUCAGGAGUUCUACACUGAACUGAAUGGCGUGGAGAACAUAAUGUGCAUUGCAGAGAAUAAAGAACAUUAUGAGAAAUGGGCCAGUCUAGCCCAAGUCUCCUGCCCAAAGGAGAUACUGGAACAGAGGAGUGUUGUUGGCAUGCAGCUUAGUCAUCUUGAUGCAACUGUACAGAGUCUCUUCCCCUUCUCAUGCAAGAAUAGACGUUUGCCAGUUUCCACGAAAGGCGUGUGUGUCCUUGAAACACCUGACGAGGAAAGGAUGCACACACUGGAGAUACUGUGUGAGAAUGAAUGCAGCGAUCUCAAUGUAGACUCCUUGACUGAGCAACAAAUACAGGAGAUAGAAAGUACAUUUUAUCGUGGUGGCAAAAUAAGAUGGAAACAUUUCUGGCUGGCAGAACAAAAGAAAUGUGAAGAUAUAAUACACCGCGAUGCAUGUGUCGAAGUUGAGGAUAUUCUAGAGAACAUUUUGCAUGCAAACUUAAUCAGAAUUCCCGUUGCCAGAAUCAAAGUUGUCCAUCAUCCAGGCAGCGGAGGAAGCACAGUCGCAAGACAGAUUCUUUGGAAAAAGAAGAAAUAUUUACGAUGUGCUGUAGUGAAACCAUCUUGUUCAGUCUCCAUGGUCUGUGAGCAUGCCAUAAGGCUUAGAGAAUAUGAUGAAACUGAGGUGAACCAAUGCCUCCCUGUUCUGCUCCUGAUUGAAGACAGGGAUGAAGAGUACAUUGAUGAUUUAAGGGACGAGUUAACAAAAGCAAUGGCUUGUAAGAAGCCGUGUUUCAUCCUUCUCAGCUGCAAAAGGUCCAAUUGUCCAGAGAUGCAAUACAAGUCCUCUCCAUUGGCUACUGUUGCAAUUACUCAUAAACUCAGUGACAAAGAGAAAAAUGAAUUUGCAGCAAAAGUUAAAACACUAGAGAAGCAAUUCCGACCUGAAUUUAUUAUCACAUUUGUUUUGAUGAGCAAAGAGUUUGAGGCCAGAUAUGUAACAGAUUUUGUGGAGCAUGUUAUGCUUGGGGUGGAACAAUCUUCUGAUGUCACCCGUUUGAUGACCUAUGUUGCUCUUCUGAACAGCUAUGUAGAAAACUCUUUUCUUUCCCUUUCACACUGUGAGGCCUUUCUAGGACUGGAUGCCCACACAAAAGGUCAAAGUGAAUUAAGGCAACAUAAUUUUAAUAGCUGUCUAAGUGAACAAGCAAGACUGAUAUUUAUUGAACUGGUGGAGCCAAUGUCUUGGAUUAGCUCCAUUCAUAUCAUACAUCCUUUGGUUGCAAAAGAGGUUUUAAAGCAACUUUCUGGAAAUUGCCCUCAGAGUAAAAUAGCUAUGGACCUUCUAGGAGAAAAUGUUUUAUUCACCCACAGAUUUGGCCGGGAAGAAUUCCUCAGGUUCACUAGAGACCUGUUUUUCAGAAGGCACAAAAUAAGCAGGGGGGAUACCGUUGACACAUUUUUAUCGCCUCUUAUUGAGCACGUUUUAGAGAUUGAACCAGAAAAACAAAAGGCAAUUGAUCUUUUAAAAGCUGCUUAUGAACGAUUUGAUAAAGAUCCUUUAUUUGCACAACAGCUUGCUCGAUUGCAUUAUAAAUAUGAGAAAUUUGAAGAUGCAAAAAAAUGGGUCGAGGUUGCUAAAGAACAACUAAAUGAUUCAUUUAUUUUGGAUACGGAAGGGCAGUUGUACAAACACUGGGUGAAUAGUUUAUUGAGUAAAAACAGUAAUGUUAAUUUAGAUGAAGUCGUUAAUGUCAUAGAGAUGGCCUUGAAAUCCAUGGAUUGUUUUCGUGCGGAACAAAGAGCGGCAAAAUCUGAAAUGGACAUCAUCAAUAACUCUGGCUACUUUGGAGAGGUUGAGGUUGGAUGCCGUUUGCUCAAGCUUCUUUCGACACUUGAAAUAUUUCCUCCAACCAAAAAUGGAGUCAACCGUGAGCUAUUACAGUAUCUGCUAACUGACCAUAUUCCUGACAUUGUCAGAAAACCCUGGUAUAGGUUUCAUAACCGUCUGAAAGGACUUCACAAAAACAUAUACAAUGCCUUGGCUUGGAUUUCUGAAGAACUCAGUUACUUUCAGACUGAUAAAAUUGAUGAUGACAAGCAGACAGUGGUGGAAGAAAGCAGGAGAAACCCACACACAUGGCUGAUGGGAAGAACAAAGGUUUUUGCGGAGUUUUUUAUUUCCCAGCUUUUACCCUCCAGUGAUGAAUCUGAAUCUCAAGCUUUGCUCAAUACAUUCUUCCGAAAGAUGUAUAUCUUCAAACUGGGCGGUGGAAGCCCAACUGCAAUCCUUUCCCUGAGGUCAGAUAAGAAAGGUCACAGCGCAGAAGAAAAACUCUCAGAGAUAUUAACUCUCUAUGAAGGUAUCUCAGAACCAGGAGGACUGGAUGAUAUUGAUUUAAUUAAUUACAUAAUGUGCCACAUAGUACUUGGGUGUGAGUCUCCUGGUUCCCCAAGGCUACUUUCUUUACAGAGGUUACGAGAUCUAUCCAAGCGUUUCCAAUCAAAGAAUAAGUCUUUUCCUGCAAGUGCCUACUUUCUGCUUCUUCUCCUUUUCUGGCCCGAUAAUCUGGUUGAUCGAGAAGAUGAUGCUGGCAAAGACCAGAUAUUGAACAUUGCUCUGCAGACUCUAAGGCGAUUGCAGGAAAUCAGAAUAAAGAAUGUUCCUGUGCGGAAGAAAAGAACCAACGUGCUCUUUUUUAUGGGGCAUGGGCCUGGCCUUCUCAAGCUUCUGCACAGACAUCAAGUUGAAAAGUUGAUGAAAGGUCCGGUAAAUGAGUGGAGAUUAAAAUGGGCCUAUGGGAUAAUGGUGAAAUCAGAGAAUGCGCAAAGACUGCUAAAAACUGUGUCAGGGUGGACAGAGGAUGGGAAGGUCUAUGUACAGGGGUACAGCAAACAACAAAGGUAUGAAGUUGUGGUCCUGAACCAAUCAUCAGUGCCUCAUGGAAGUGAAAACGUCACAUUUUACUUAGCCUUUUCUUAUGCUGGACUCAUUGCCUAUGACCUCAAAGUACAAGAAUAACUCAUUCUGUUUAAUUAGGCAUCUGGUCCAGGGACUGAGGAAGCCCAGCAUGCUGGUCUUUGUUAUUGGCAAGGGGUCCUCAAAUAAUAAAUCUAUAGAUUAA